CGCGGCAGCCGCCGCCGGGGCUCCCGGGAGGCCCUGCCGGUGUGGCGGGGCCCGGGCAGCCGCCGCCGCGGGCAUGGCGGGCCGCACGGUGCGGGUGCAGGGCUUCCCCGCCGAGCUGCCUCCCGACAGGGCGGCCGACAAGCUGACCAUUCACUUCCUGCGCUCCCGCAACGGCGGCGGGGACAUUGCCAACGUCCGGGUGCUGCCCGGCUCCCUGCCCUGCGCCCUCAUCACCUUCGAGGCGCCGGAAGUGGCCCAGAGGAUCCUGAAGGUGAAAAACCACGUGCUGGCAAUCGGAAAGACACGGUACCCGCUGGAGGUGACACCACACGCUGCAGAGCUGAGCCCCAAUGAGAUCUUCAUACAUGUGAACAUGACAAUUGACUAUGGCAAGCUGCCCACGGGCAAAACCCUCCUGAAGGACUUGCACAAAGAGUACAGCAAUAUACAGUUCAGCUUCGACUCACAGAAUAUGCAGUGCAUAGUCCAGGGACCAUUCACUGAGCUGCAGACCUUCAGCAGAGACCUGCUGGGCAGCCUGAACCUCAAGAGAGAUGCCACUGGCCAGAUCCUCCUGCCAGCUUCCAGCUGUGAGGCCAAAGGGAUGGGAAAGCAUGAUCACCAGCAAGUGCCUGACUCCACUGAGUCAGCACAAGAGACAGCAAAGCUGCCAAACUGGGACCAGGUGCAUGAAAUGGCAGCUAAAGCCCCAUCACCUCCGAGCUCACUGGGUGGGAAAGCUGUGGAACUUUCGGGGAAGCUGGAGGACUUUUCCCUGUCAAUGGACUCGGACAUUUACAUGUACAUGCAGAGGUUCUGUGCUGCUGAGUACCAGGGUGUGCUGCACCAACAUCGCGUGGAUGUGGUGGAUGUCAGUGGCGAUGGCAUUGCUGUAUUGUACCUCCACCCAUCUGGAGGUGUGUCUGGGGACACGGAUGCCUUGCGACAGGCCCGCCUGGCCCUGCAGCAGCUCUACCAGCAGCUGGAGGUGAGCCUGCGCAAGGAGAAGAUUGCUAAGGAAGGGCUGGGAAUGGACAGCCAGGCACUCAGGGCUCUGACAUGUGAGCUGCAGAAGCUGUAUCCCCAGCUGCUCUGCCACGAGGAUGUGAAGCAGCUUUAUCUUGUCGGAAGCCUUGUUGAUGUGUCCAAGGCCAAGGAGUUCCUUGAGGAUUCUUUCACCAGGAGAGGUGCUGCACACACAGUUGACAUGCUGAGCAACUCCCAGCCCUCUGGCACCACAGAGGCUGCACUAGACCUGGCCAAAGCUCCUGUGCAUACUUCAGCCACAAGGCUUAGCCCAAGCAGACCGGAGCUGAAAGGUGAGUUCAAACUAGCUGCCAACUUCAGCACCCUGAAAGCUGACAGGUCUCAGGCUGGCCAGGGCCUCCUGAUAAAUCAGGACUCUCCACCAGUGGGACAGGUGCAGCUUUCUGGGAAGCAUUCAUCAGAGAUAGAUGCUCCUGGUCAGAGUGACCCAAGGGCAGUGACCCAGCAGUCUCAGCCUCCCACCCCUAUGACAGAUAAAGUUCUGGGGUCAGCAGCAGAGCCUCAGCAGAACGACCCCACAGAAAGGGGCCAUGUGGAAGGAGGUGCCAGACUCUCAGGAGAAAAGGUGCUCUUGCCCUUUUCAGGCAAAGAAAACAGCACUUUUCAGCAUCCUGAAUUCUCUAAAGGCUUAGGUCCCAUUGGGUACGACUCCCUCGCUGGCAUCAACAGCAACUGUGAUGUGACAUGGACCUCUUUUGUUUUAGGCUGCAAACCCUCUGCAUCCAGCCCUGUGCUGCGACGGUCCAACAGCUUCUCCCUACCAAGGUUAAAGGAAAGCAACAACUCUGAAGACAUCAGCAGCAGGUUGAGUGAGGAGAUGAGCCUGGACACUCUGCAGUGGUUUUACCUGAAAGAUGUCUGCCAAGCCACUAUUGAUGAGCUGUGCAGGGCUGGAGGGGUGCACAUCUUGGAGCGCUACUCUGGGGACUGCACAGUGCUGACGCUGCAGGCAGAAGACAGGAGAAGGCUGCUCCGGGCUAAAUGGAAGGUGGAAGAUCUUGUGCAGAAGUGCCCUGACUUGGUGUGUCAGAGUGUGAGCUACUCAGAGCUUGCUGUCAGUGGUCCAGAUGACAGUGACCUGAAUGAACUGUGCAGCCUCUUGCGAGGAAAAUCCUUCCAGGUUGGACUCAGCAAAGACAAGUACAAGCUCUAUCUUGCCUGCCCCAAGGAAAUGCUUCCAGGAGUGGCUGAGGCCUUCCACAUGUUUUCUUCUAGGAGGCUCUGUGCCAUGAAAUCUUCAUCCAUGUCUCCUGGACCAGAGAGUACAGGGAAAUCAAGUGUUAUCCAGCCAAGCAGAAGCCAGGACCCAGUGCUGGAUGCGGCCCUUCCUGGCAGCCUGAAUUCCUUACAGCACCUGAACAUCAUUGAUAAAGUAGACUCUAAACCUGUGCUCAGGGUUUCCUGGUUGCCAGAGGCUGAGGAAAAGAGGUCCCCCAGUCCUUGGAGGUUCCAGCAGGCUUGGGGGCAGGAGGAGGCCAGGGGCUAUAUUGAUUCUGGGUCUGGGAGAGGAGGAAGCAGCAUUCUGAGCCUUGGUACAUGGGAUAAGCCAAGUCCUCCUGGCCUGAGGGAGUUCCAGGAACAGCGGAAGAUAAAACUGUCUCUGGGGGAGCCUGACAGCACCCGGCUAAAACAACUCUUGCCAGACAGAUUCCAGUUUGCAAGAGACAAGAGCAGAGGAGGCCAUGAUGAAGCAGUGGGACAGCAGCACUGUCCAGUCCCUGCAGCUGACGAAGCUCCUCACUCUCUGCCCACCUGGCUAUCUAGGGCCGUGGCUGCUGAGCCACCCCCAGCUGUGGCCCAACAGGCACCUGCAGCAGAGCCCACAGAUCAGGGAAGGACCCAGCUCCCAGGGGGCAGGAGCAAUGAGCAGGAGGAGCCUGACCUCCCAUCACAGCAGAGAAGAGACCCCAGCCUUGGACAGAAAAGCAGCACGAUCCCUCUGGACCAGUGUGAUGUUUGCCAGGGCUCAGGUGUGACCUGCCAGGGCUCCUGUGGUGACGCCUUGUGCAGGACAUGUUUUGCAGCAGACAGUAUGCAGCCAGCUUGCUGUGGAUCCUCCUCAGCUGCCCCAGGCUGCAAUAUCCUGGGGACACUGAAGAUCUCCUCCCUGUCUCAGAGCCUGCCUGGAUACUAUCAGGACCCAACACUUCAGCUUGCUUACAGCAUCCCUGAUGGCGUGCAGGGGGUUGGGCACCCUCGCCCAGGACACCCUUACAAAGGGGGGAAUUUUUCUGCCUUCCUGCCUGCUAACAAGGAAGGGCGGAAGACAGCAAAGCUGCUGAAGAGAGCAUUUGAAUGUGGGCUGACAUUCCAGAUCAAGUCCUGCAAUGGAGAGGAAAGAGUAACAUGGGGCCUUAUCCCCCACAAAACCUCCUGGGAUGGAGGCAAAGCCAGGUAUAGCCCAGCUCAUUCUAAGCUUCUGGGUGUGGUUGUGGGUUCUUUAGCAGUGGGAGGAGGAGAACCAUGGGCUCCAGCUCAACAAAUCCUGGCAGGGAUGGGUCUUCCACCCUCCUACAGUGGCAGAGUUGGUGCUUCCCUUUGCUUCAGCUUGCAGGGCAGCUAUGGCAUGGCAAACCAGCCCUGGCACUCUCCAGCUGGAGCAAAAGCCCUUGCCCAUCCCACAUCCAUAAGUGGUGUGGAAACCUGUAAUUCCCCAUGGACAAGAACUGUGGGCCCUGUUCACUUACAGCCUUUCCCAUGCCAGUGCUGGGUAUGAGCUGUGCCUGCAGGCAGCAGGACUUCCCCUCUCAGCCCCUGCUGAAAGGGUGGGACAAAAAGAAAAGGCUGCUUCCCACUGUGGUUUUGGCACAUCAGCAGGAUUUACAGUGCUUCCUCUCUGUCCCACAGGAAUGGCUACCCGGAUGCCCAGUACCUCCAUGAGGUUGGCACAGUUCUCAAUAAACUGGGCCUUGUGUGAUUCUCCCACAGCCACAACCUGUGGAUUCCCUUUGCCUUCUUUUCCUGCUGAGAAAACUGCAGGACAGAGAGAGCUCAGGAAAAAGCAGGUGUUUGUCAAAGGAGCUCCUGCUUUCCCCAGAUGUAGCCAGAACUCUGCACAUUAGCAAAGAGCAGCACCUCCAUCCCUGCUCAGCAUGGAUCCGUGCUUCCCAGAAACUCCAGCUCCUCUUGGAUGCAUGUCCUGAAAUCACAGAGCUGGUUGCAGGCUGAGCCGCCUUUGCCUUUCAGCAGCAGACACAAACCUGGGCAGGAGUCUGCACCUAGUCCAGCCCCAGCUUCUGGAAGUCUCUUCCACCUCCUGCCACUACAGAGAGGUUCCAGCUCAGCUGCUGCCAGAGCUGGGUCGGAGAUGAACUGUCUUUACUGUCAGCUCUUCACACUGACAGCUCAGGCCCCAGCAGACAGCCCCAUGCUCCAGCCCCUCCCCAGCACCUGCUCUGAGGCCAGCAGGUGACCUGGUGCUCUCUUGAGGAGAGCAUGAACAGCUUUCAGCACCCACAGCAGUUGCCUCCAAGGGACAGUCUCUGUGCUGACAAAUAAACAGGAUUUAUUCUCA